ACUGGGGAGGUGUCAGGGUCCCCAAUGCUGGCAGAUGUGGGGCAGCUUUGGGGGGCCCCAGGCAUCCCUGAUGGCACCAGGCGUGGAGGGAUUUUGGGGUCCCCCUGCACCUGGGUCUUGGGGCGUGGUCUCAGUGGGAAACGUGCCCUUCCCACAGCCAGGACCGGCCCCCAGGGGCCCUGCAGCGACUGUGGGCGCUUUGCAGACGCCAAGGGGAGGGGUGCCGGGGAAAAGGGUGCUCAGGCUUAAAGCACCGGUGCGUGGUCAGGAAGGACGCACAGAUGAGAUUCUCUGAGAGCUAUUCCCUAGCGAUUUGGAGGCGCACACCCAGAACUGGCGAGAAGACUCUUACCACAGAGCUACGAAGAAGCUUGAAACGGGCCGAAGUCAUUGUCCCAGAGAGCGGCUCACUGGGACCCCCUGGGUCCCAGGACGAAGGCGGGGAGAGAAGAUGAGAACCCGUUAGGUGGCGCCCUAAAGAAAUCACCUGUUACAGAUGUGACCGAGGGGGACACGCUGCCCGAGACUGCGGGCUUACUCGUAAUGAAGGUGGGAAGAGAAUAGCUCCCCCCAAGCCCCCAGGGAAAGGCCCAAGGAACCUGAAGCGGUGGAGGCCAUGGACAAUAGUUAUGGGGGAAGUGAAAAGCCUGUGGCUUGGGCGCGACCCAUAAUGGCUGCAAGCCUGUGUGUGUGCGUGCAUGCAUCUGUGUUCAUGGCAUGAACGACUCGUGCCAUGGCUGGGGGGCACAGCAGUAGCAGGAGAGGCAGGAGUGCAGUGGCUGUCAGUGGUGGGAGGGGGUGGAGUGGUGGCAAGCGCCAACCAAGCAUUGGCAACCAAGCACAGCCGCUGCUGGCAGUGUCGGCAGUGCCAUUUUGUAGGGGGUGCACCACCACACUUAGGGGGUGCACAUGCACCCAUGUGAACCCCCUACACGUUGACCCUGGUUCGUGGCAGGGAAAGUGUGUUUGUGUGUCCAUGUGCAGAGAGUGAGUGUCUGUGCAUGUGUCUGCGUGCGUGUGUGUGUGUAUGUGUCUGUUCGUGGCAGGAGGGAGAGUGUGUUUGCCUGUGUGUCCAUGUGCAGAGUGAGUAGAGCUCAUGCCCAUCUGCGUGCAUGCAUGUGUCUGUGUGUACAUGCGUGUGUGUUUCUGCGUACAUGUGUCUGUGUUCAUGGCAGGAGGGAGAGUGCGUUUGUCUCCGUGUGUCCAUGUGCAGAGAGUGAGUGAGCAGAGUGUACGCCCGUCUGCAUGUGUGCGUGUGUGUGUGUGCAUAUGCACGUGUCUGUGUGUGUGUCUGUGUAUGCAUCUGUGCGUGUGUGUGUGUGCGCAUGUGUCUGUGUGCAUGCAUGUGUCUGUUCAUGGGAGGGAGAGAGUGUGUGCAUGUCUGUGUGCAUGUGUCUGUGCGUGCAUGUCUGCACGUGUGCAUGUCUGUCUGUGCGUGGCUGUGCAUGUGUGCAUCUGUGCGUGCAUGUGUCUGUGUUCAUGCCAGGGACAGUAUGUUUGUCUCUGUGUGUCUAGGUGCAGAGAGUGAGUGAGAGUAGAGUGUGCACCCAUCUGUGCGUACGCCUGUGUGUGUGAUUGGCCAUAGUGGGGGAGGAGGAUAGGUAGCAGGGAGAAGAGGGGGCCAUGUGCCUCUGCACCCCCAGCCCGGCAGGGUCCCUCCAGCCUCCCCCACCAGCACCGGGAUGGGAAGAGCCCCUUCCCCCACCCCCUGUAGCCCAGGUCCCGUUGAGGAGGGGGCCUUCAAUUUGGUGUUUGCCCAGCGCCCCAGUACACAUUAAUUUGCCUCUGCGGGGAGCAGAGCAGGGCUGGACCCAGAGUGGUGGGGUUGCAGGGGCGCGUGGCCAGACACAGGGCUCCAUCCCCACCUGCCCGGCCCCAUCAUUCCUGACAGGCACUUUGCCUGCAUCUUAGUCAUAAUCGAUUAAGCCACCUGGUACCCUGAGGCAAUCCCUUUGUGGGCAGCGACGGGGACACAUGUUACGGAGGAGUUACUGAAGUGGAUAUCGAGGGUAGGACUUCCAAGGGAUGUUGUAACCAAUCAGGGCACUAACUUCAUGGCUAAGGUAUCACAGAACGCCUGUUGGGUCCUAGGGAUCCGAUGGUUGCCAACAUGAGGCUACCACCCCUGGACAAAUGGUCUGGUAGAGAGGUUAAAUGGGACACUAAAAGGGAUGCUCAAUAAGUGCACUCAGAAGGACUCAUAAAAGUGGGACUUGUUGAUCACCCAGUUAUUGUUUGUCCUGAGGGCCACCCCACGGGCAUCCACGAAGUAGUCUCCCUUGGAUCUGGUUUAUGGACGCAGGCGCAGGGGGCUAUUAGCAGUUCUUAAGGAACCCACAUUGAGCCCAACAGGAGCUGAGGCUCAUUGUGAAGCUCUGAGGGCCUGUUUGCUGCCCACGAGGCAGGUGGCCCUGGAAAAUUUGAGGGAGAUCCAACAGAAACCAAAGAGGCAUCAUGACAGAACGGCUGAGGAGAGAGCUGCCAGUCAACAACAGGGUGUCAGUCCUAUUACCCACCAUGGCCGGUAACCUGCUGACAAAGUGGCAAGGCCCUUGGAAAUAAGAAGGCACGCCGGGCUGGUGGAUGACGAGCUAUUCCAACCGGGCAUCAAUGGGAGCAACAGAUUUUCCAUGUAAACUUGUUAAAAGCUGGAAGAAGGCCGAGCGGUGGUUGGCUGAGGCUGAACUAGAAAGUGCAGAACUUGGCCCUGCAAUAAGCGGGGACGUUAGGGAGACACCCGGGGAGGAAAGAGUACAAAUUGAAGAGCGCCUGGCAGCUAGUCAGGGAGGAGACUUGGUUCGGGUUAUUUGCGCCUUCCGCGAUGUCUUUCGAGAGGAACGUGGGUGGGUCGCACACCCUGCCUAGAAGAGUGGUGUGAGAGUGAUGGCGCCCUGACCCCGACCGUUUAUAUGGCCCCAUGAAGCAGGAGCUCUGAAAGAUGCUUGGACGAGGGGUAACAGUCCCCUCACGGGGUCUGUGGCAAAGCCUGAUGGGACCUUACGUCUCAGUGUAGAUUUCAAAUGCUGGAGCAGCUUUCGAUGCCUUCCCCAUGCCCCAGCUUUUAGAAAGAAUAGGACAGGCCUGCUACAUAACGAUGCUUGACCUGUCUCAAGAGUACUGGCAAAUACCCAUGGCCACAAAAGACGAUGCCAAAGCUGCUUUUGGGACCCCAUGGGGCCUAUAUGAAUUUUGUAGAAUGCCCUUCAGCCUGCACGGGGCGGCAGCCCCCUUCCAAAGACUGAUGAACCGAGCUUUGGCCUUACAUGGUGCCCCACACACCGGACGCUGCCAACAGGCGCUGUGCGUGAGUGCAGGGACAGCAAGAGCCCGGGCCGCCAUCUAGCUGAGAUCUCUCCUGGGGAGACGUGGCUGCUGCGCUGGAGCCCGUGGCAGUAGAUCUGCAGGGAGGAGCUGAGGGUGCAGAAGUCCCUCGUGUCGUGCAGAGCGGGACGGGGGGCAGGAGUCCCUACAGCGGUCGGCAUCACAGCCAGUAAAACAGCAGCUGCAGACGGAGCCAGUCCAGCACCGGGAGCUUUGGGGGCAGGACACAAUGCAGGCCAUGCAACCCCCUUGUGAGACCGAGCUGCCCUCUGCGACCCCACAGCUGGCACUGUGGGAUGAGCUCCCCACCCCAGAGGCCUGGCACCAGCUCUCCCGUGGCCUCUGCUACUGGGAAGCCGAGGGCCCAAGGAAGAUUUGUCGCCGCCUGUGGGAGCUCUGCCAGCGCUGGCUGGAGCCCCAGCACUGCAGCAAGGAGCAGAUCCUGGAGCUGGUGGUGCUGGAGCAAGUCCUGGCCAUCCUGCCCCAAGACAUGCAGAGCUGGGGGUGCGGGUGCCAAGUGGAGGCCUCUGCCAAGGCUGUUAACCUGGCCAAGGGGUUUCAGCUGGGGCAGGCAGAAGAUGAGAAGCUCCAGGUGAGAGUGUUUGUUUGCUGCCAUCUGCACCUCCACGUGUCUGGGGGAUGUUCCCUCCAGGAUCAAGGCUCCCCAGUGACACAUUUGUCUUGUCCCUAGGUCACAGUGCGUGCAGCACCCAAAGGUCCAUUGUGGGGACAGGCCUCUGGUGGAGGCAGGAGAGCAGGAAACCCCAGGGCCCGAGGACAAGCUGCCUCAUGUCCUCCAUGAUGAGCUGCCAACACACCAAGAGUCAGGUCCUUACCAGCCUUUUCGAUGUAUAUGGUUAACAAGGGCUCGACACCCAAAGAGCAUCAGUAACCCCCAACCCCCUCUUAUAACUGUUGGCUACUGGGUAUAGGUCAGCUCCCCAAGGAAAGAUAACUUUCUGUUAACUGUUUUGUGUGUGUAAACUAUAAUAUAUUUGCCUUUAUUUCACUCCCAACUUUACCUCCGCUAUCCAAAACUGAAUCAAACAGCCCAGUUGGCCUGUGAAAAAAUUGAUACACUCACAGUGCCCAUCAGGCUUGUGACACUGUUUUAGGGCAAUGUCUGGUACAGGGAAUGAGCCCAUGGGGAUUUCCUCUGCUGAUGAGUCCCAGGGAGCCUCCACAUCACAGGAAUCUGCACUGGGACAAAGGCCUUGGUAUGAACCUUCAAUGGACUUUGGGCUGAGUCUCAGGCUUUGUGACACUCUGGGCCUAAGAGUGGGAAUAGAUUUGGGGAAAUUCUGCUGCAAACGAUGGGGUAUUCCCUUCCCAUCACAACAGAAAACUUCUGAAUCCAACUAACUCCAUGGAGCCACUUCAUGCAGCCUAAGACCAGGAUUAGACACGUCCUGUGCUCCAGGUCGACCCAACCAGGAGAUGUCAGGGACAACCCCAGCCUCUCUCAGCCAAGAGCCAUGGCUACAAAGAGCUUCUUCUGCACACCAUGUGGAUUUCCAUGGGGGACUACAAAUCCCAUCUUGCCCUGAGAGAGGGUGUUAGAGAGGUAUGGCUACUUGGGCCGGGGAAUCAACUCCUACAAUGGGGAGUAAAGAGAGAAAUUUAAAAUCAUGGUGUCCCAAGGAAACCAGAUCUGAGCCUAAAAAGGAAGACAGCAAGCUCUAUUGUCCCCUAACAGCUGUAGUCAGGGGGAGAACAAUGGGACAGGUGCUUGUCUCCACAGCUCUGAAUUUCAAAGAGUGAAACACUUGCCUGGACACAUGACAGCAUAAGCUAUUUGAGGUUAGCACUCAGGGAUGGCAGCACGGGGCAGGUCUGCAGUUUUCAGGCCCCCUUUCACCCUGGGCAUGGAGCAUUUGUGAGAGGGGAGUCAGGUGGAUGGGACAGCCACAAAUCACCUGGCAGCUGGUCCUCUGACCUCCAGGUUUCCCCUUGGUCCUCAUCAUCAGAGACCCAGAGAUGCACCUGUCCUCACUGAUUAAGUCAGGUGUGGGACCUCAAUAUCCUGUUUGGGGCUGUAGUUAAAGCGUGUUUCUGACUGGGUACUGGACGCAGAAUAACCAACUGGGAUUUGGGGAAGGGAUCCAAUGAAUUCAAGGUUUCUACUCAGGACUUGAUGGCCAGUGAAGGGUGGGGACUGAAGGAUGAAAGAGAAGGCAAAGCAGGGAGAAGCCUUCAGGAGAUGAUGGUCCUUGUCAUGCAGGGAGUGGAUGUAUGGUCAUAGGAAUCUUUCAAUCUGUCGUAGGCCAACUGGGCACUGCGAGGGUAUUAGCCACACUGGGCUGUUCAAAACAACAAAUAGACAGACAUGGGUUGGCAACUUAUCGAUAGUCCCUCGAUGCCACGUGUGCGCCAAGUGAUUCCAGUGAAGUCAGGCGUCCCUGAUGAUCGACGCUGUCAGAGGGAUUACCGGGGAAGAUCCCUUGAUCAGGAACAGGGACCCGAUCCUCACUCACACGGGGAGUCUGGGGUCCGGGCGUGGACCAGAAACAACCAUUCUAUUCCCUCCUUCCUGCUGGUUACCUGAUGCACGUGCUUUUUAUACCUAGUCUUAUGUUAAUCUGUUGGCCUCAGGACCACUCAUAAUGUUGCCCUAUAGCUGUUACCCUAUGGGAUUGAAAGGUGAUGAAACUAUCAUAAAAGGUGACUACUGAGACUCAGGUUUAUCCAAUAAGCAAAUUAUGAUGCAGCACCUUAAGGUUUGAAAUUGUCAUCGCUCUGCCUAAAUCCCAACCCCUUUUAGGCUUCAUUUGAAUAUGCUUUUUUGGGAUAUGCUUUCCUAGAAUAUGUUGGGUGUGCCAAGCAGUUAGAUCUAGUUUUUAUCGCUAAGGCUGAACCCUGAGCAAAAAACCGUUAGGCCAGCUAAUCUCCCAGCUACAGCUUUGCCUCUGGGGACCAGUCAGUCCCAUGAACAGUGAAUUUAUCAUUUUGAUUAAACUUAUGACAGACAAGUUACAUUUGCAGUUUACAAACUUAAAAGCUUAUAUUAACUAAUAUUACCUGUUUAAGCAAAAUACCAAAUGCCUCCAAGAAGCACAUAGUAUUGCUUAAUAAUCCCUCUGGUUCUGGCUGUUACAAAACAGGUAGGAAGCACCCUGCUGCUCCUUCCAGAAGGGAGACCACAGCUCUGAAUCCUCCGCUUCCAGAACAUUUCUUGGAGGGAUGAGGUUUGAAACCUGGGCUUUUCUUAUCAAGCAGAAGUAGUAUUUUCUGUACAACAGAAGUAGCUGGUGCAGUGUAAGGCAGUGCUCCCUGCACACUCCUGACGGCUGACAACCCUGGGUUGGGCUGGGCUGGGCUGUUCCCGGUGGGUGUUUGGUGCAGAGCUGCAGUGCGGCUGGGCAGGGGAUGCACUUGGUGCAGGUGGUGGAGCUAAAGAAGGGGCUGCAGCCACCCCAAAAUUUGCCGUAACCCCCCUCCCAACACUUCUGCUGCCUGCCCUGAUUGCAGCCUUGGCCAAAACACCCACCAGCAAGAGCACAGCUCUGGCCCCAGCCUGCAGCAGCAGUCCACCCUUGCCCUGCGCACAGAUCCAGGUGGCAUGUGCCCCCCAUGCCUUUCCCGGGGUUGUGCACUGUGGCAGGAGACAGCCAUCCCAUGACUCCUGAACCAGCUGCUUGGGGCUCUGGCCCCAUCUGGGCAACAUCUGCCCCAGCCCCACUCCCUCCCUCAACACAGGGACCUCAAUAUGCCCCUCCCACCCCAUUCCCCCCAGACACUUACCAGCUAGACGUUGCUCUCCAAGCUUCCAGGUGUCAUAUUGAAUGUAAUAGUCUGAAUACCUGUAAUAGUUUCCCACUAGCCAGUUUAGGAAAAAGACAAGAUUCAUCUUCUGAUCUAGGCCAUUGUUUUGGCCUAUGUGUGGAAGGUCCUAGCUUUGCUCAAAGUCUUAACUCUUGAAUUUUAUCUUUAGAGGCCUUUAACAAAGUGAACAUAAAAAUGACCCUUAAGCAAACAUCCCACAUUCCGAGAGAUCAAACCCUAGGAGCCUUUUAAAAAUUGGAAAGAAAGGAAAUUCCUCAAAGUAAUUAAAAUGGUCAACAAAAGAAACUAAUUACCAAGCAAAAGAAUCUGUUAAGAAAGAUCUGAGCCCAAAUUUGGGAGUAGUGACAGGUUUGGGUAGGAGUGGCCCAAGACGGCAACUCACUCGAUACAAACUGUAACCUACUGUCCCAAUUUGGAGGUGACCUCACUUGCAGAACAACGAAGGAAGAAUCGCAAGUGUAGGCCAGAUCAGACUGAUCACCUGAACCACCCUCUCCAUGAACACAAAUCUCUUAGUUCACGCUGAAGCCGCAGAGCGCCCGAGUGGGACUGAAGGAAGGGGACUUGUUCCUAUCACUGCUGAGGCCAGCCCAUUGAACUGUACUACUGAGGCUAGCCCAUUGAACCGUACUACUGAGGCCAACCCAUUAAGUUGUACUACUGAGGAAUGAAACUAUAUUUAGGUGUUUGGCUUCUUGGAAUUCUAGGACUGUAAGUAUAAUAUAGUAAUAACUUUUCUAGUUAAAAUUAUAUAGUUAGUUGUAAUUGUAAUUGUUUUAAAGAAGUCCAUUUGGAGCAUUGUUUCUGAUAUAUGUAGUUAUUGUGUUCUUAAUGUUUGUGGUAUUUCUUAAAGCUAAGCAGUGUUAUAUGCCUAGCAAAGAAUUUUAAAAUAAAAUUGUGGUGUAUGAAUUAAGUGUGCAAUCAUUGUGAAAUCGUGCAAGUAGCUAAAAACUCCCCUAUCCAGGCGCAUCAAACAAAUCAGUAAGUUGUGUGGGAUCUUCUCUAUUCUAGAAGCCACUAGAGACACCAGGCUUGCGUGUUGGCAAUCAGGUCAGUCUCGGCCUAUAUGGCUCAUUAGUAACGGGCCAUCAGAAUUGGCCCAAAAAAUCUUUAGCAGUACAACCCUACCCAGCAUAAUCUCCCCCUGGACUCACUAGUGUGGUGGGAAAGAGAAGCCAUUCAAGAGCUUCAUUUUUCCUUUUAGCAGAUCAUUCUGGUCUCAACUUCAGCUUAUUACAACAUGAAGCCAUCCAGAUACUGUCCAAGCAUACAUGGCCCACAUGGUUCUCCCUGCAGGGCAUUAGGUGCUGGGACUGAGAGCUGGGCCAGAAACCUUGAGAGUCUGGCUCAGAACUGCAGUGAGUAGGAAAGGUUAGGCUGGCACAGGGACCUGGCACUGCCACAUCCCCAGCACUUGGGGUCAUGGUAGGAAGAACUUGUUGAGUUGAGGAUAGACAAGUGCCAAGUCCAGUCCUCCCCAUAGGCCCAUCCCAGCAGAAGGAAUAGCUGUAUGUGUCCCUUGGCAGCAGGGUGGGGACUAAUCUGGAUUUUCUCUUCCCCAUGUAGGAGGUAGCUGGCUGCUGAGCAGAGCUGAGGAGAUGCCUCCUAAGGAAGGGCCUGCAAAUCUGGAGCCACCGUGGGCUUCCCAAGGGUGUUUGGGUGAGAUGGACUCCCUGAGCCCUGUGAAGCACCAACGGCACAAGGGCCAGGAGAGACCCCCAAAGUGAAAGGAGAAUGUAGCAAUGAAUCAGGUCCCAUCUCCAGUUGCUUGUGAGAAUUAAGAAGGGAAAGAAGCCAGAAAAGGACCUGGGUUCAGGGAAGAUUUUCUGGUGCUGAGAGACCUGAAGAGGCGUAAAGAAAAGGUCCACCAAAGAGAGAGCCUGCAUGUAAAGCAAGGCAGUGGGGUGGCCUUGGAGGGAAACCAGAGCUCACUACCAAGCCCAGGGGGAGAGCCCACCCCUGCCCUCAGCGCAUGAAAAGCUUUAGUUGGCUCUCACUCCUGGCUCUGCACAAGAUAAUGCACCCUGGAGAGAAGCCCCACGUAUGCACUAUGUGUGGGAAGAGCUUCACCUGCCUCCCGACCCUGGCUGCUCACUGCCAGAUCCAUUCUGGACAGCUCCCCAUUGCUUCACCAAAAGGGGAAAGAUUGUGGUCUGCAGCUCAGAGCUCAUGAAGAACCAACAUGUGCACAGGGAGCAGAAUCAUUACUGCUGUGUCACUUGUUGUAAGACCUUCACAUGUUUCUUCUUGCUGGUUCAGCAUCAGCACACAUACUUGGGGAGGAAGACACACCACUGCACCAAGUUCAGGAAGAACUUCAUCAACAGGGAAGGCCUGUCCCAGCACCAGUGUGUGCAAAGCAGGCAGCAGUUACACUCCUGCACAAAGUGUGAAAAGAGCUUCAGGCAGUCUGCCAACCUGGCCAGGCACAGGUGCAUGCACACAAGGGAGAAGUCCCAUAAAUGCUCUGACUUUGGCAAGAACUUCACCCACUCUUCCACUGUGGCCAAAGGUCAGCUCAUUCACACGGGGAAAAGCCAAAUCAGUGCUUGGAGUGUCGUAAGAGCUUCAGACAAUUUUCCAGCCUGGCCCGGCACCAGCUUAUCCACAGAGGGGAGAAGCUACAUCAGUGCUCUGUGUGUGAGAAGAACUACCUCCACUCUUCCAGCCUGGCCGAACACCAGUUUGUCCAUAUGGGAGAAGCCACAUGGGUGCUCUGUGUGUGGGAAGAGCUUCACCGACCCCUCCCACCUCUUGCGGCACCAGUUCAUCCAUGCAGGGGAGAAGCCACAUGGGUGCUCUGUGUGUGGGAAGAGCUUCACCUCCCCCUCCCACCUCUUGCAGCACCGGUGCAUCCAUGCAGGGGAGAAGCCACGUGGGUGCUCUGUGUGUGGGAAGAGCUUCAUCUGGUCCUGCAACCUGGCCCAUCACCAGCGCAUCCGCACAGGGGAGAAGCCACAUCAUUGUUCUGAGUGUGGAAGGAGCUUCACCUGUUGCAGCAACCUGUCCCAGCAUCAGUGCAUCCACACCCAGAAGCAUCCCUAAUUCUGCCAGCAGUGCAGGAAGGGCUUGGUGCUGUCUUCCUGCUCAGCACCCACCAGUGGCUGCAUUUUGUCAAGCAUCUUCAUGUUGGUAGACUGCAGAAAGAGUUCCUCCAGGCUUUAUCCAUUGUAGGGCACAAUAGAAGCCAGAGGCCCAGCCCCCCAAGGUUUGAUUGUGGGGAGGGAUUAUGAGGAACACCUCAGGCAAGGCCAGCCCAGGUGUUGGGGGGAGGAGAUAAGGAGGAGAUGAUUUUUUGCAGCACCCUUGGAGCCUGUGCAUUUCCCAGCAAUCUCUAAAACCAGUGAGCGCUCCCUGGGGAAGAAGUGACUACAUGAUAGGGUGUCCUCCCCAAGAGAACUGGCUUCAAAUGACUCCCAGGGACUGUCCUUUGCUGCCUGCCAGCUUUCUCUCCCCUCCUGAUGUUCUGGUGUGAGGCUCUUGAAUAGCAGGAAGGAGGACAUUUGUGGCUGGGAAGUAUUCUCUGCCCUGCACCCUGACCUCACCUUUCCUCACCGCAACAUCACCCCUCUCCCAGGCCUCCCCAUGCCCCGUGGGGUCUGCAAGUAGCUGCUACUACCACCCCCUGAGCCUUUAUGGCUUGUGUUGCUUUUCAGCCUCUCCAGAGCUGUGCACCACUGGGUGCCUGCUGCUCCCUUCCCCUCAUGUUACUCUCUCUAAUGCAUUCACUGCUACUCCAGCACCAGAACCGAACAUGGCACCCCUGUGGUUGGUCUCUGUCCUUUCCUGAGCUAUGCAAUGGGAACAGACAAGGGCCCACAACACUUUCCAGGGCAGAUGUCUCUGUGACUUCAUGGCCCUUCUCUUUCCAGACCAUUGGAGCUUGUUCCAACCCUCAGGAACAGGAAUUGUUCUGAUUUGAGGCCUCACUCCCCUGUCCUGCUGUGCAGCAAGGUCCCUGCCCUUCUGGAGGGACCACUGGGCAGGAGGCAGUAAAGUACCAGGGGUGAAGGAGAUGCAGCCGGUGGCAGGUCCUGCCUCUCCUGUGGAAGGGUGAGGAAAGUAUGAAGAUGUUCUGUGGGUGAAAUGCAGCAUAAUGUAUUCUCCCAUUGGAAAUACUAAGGCCUUCCUGCUCGUGCUCUAGCCGUUUGGCUCAAUGAAGGUCCUGGGAACAUGUACUGCUGUGGAGCUGCCUGAGGGACCCUUGCAACCCCCCAGGAUACUGGUCCCAGGCAGGGGGAGUCCAGCCAGACCACUGCAUCCCCUAGGAGGGAGGAGUGCAGGGAGGGAGACCUUCCCCUUCAGUGGGACCCCUGAGCUGUUCCAGCGUGUAGAAACAAGGGGAGCAUGUUGAGACAGAGGUAUGGGGGCUGCACCCUGACGCCUCUGAACAUGCAUCCUGCAGGUCUCCCACUGAGAGGUGCCGUGAAGAAAUCCCUUCCCUCUCUGCCCCUCACUUGAGUUAUCCCAGGUGACCCCUGUCUCUCCCAGAUUUCUUCUUGGUUCAGGCUGGUGAAGCAGGUGGCCCGGCCACAUAAAAUUCCUAGGGGGAGGAGACAGCCCUUGCUUCCUUCCCCAGGCAUUUUGAAAGCUACAAGCGAGUGUCCCAGGCUGCUGCCUGGUGAAUUUCUAUAAAAACCUGGAAACUAGCCAGCAGUUAUGAGUUACGUCUAGGCCAGUUGCGUCUUAAAAGAGACCCUAUACCUGCUUCGUACAUCUCAAGUAGCUGGUGUUUACUCAAAGUGUACUCUGACUUCUUCGUUCUGCCCCCAUCCUCUGCUCCCCAUCAAUAAAGGUGCCAGGUUACA